AUGACUUACUUUAAAGCGAGAUUUGUCGCUGAAAAUAACCCGACUCCGCUGGUUGCGUGUCCAGCUCAGCGGUGCAAUGUCUAUGGUCUGCUGUGUCUUCUUUGCUUAUUACCAAUACGGAGUGAUGGAAUGUUCAUCACAAGCAAUAUGUGUGUUUUUCUGAUUGCCGCACAAAUUUCAUUCAUCGGGUCAGAAAACACAGGAUAUCCUGAACAGUAUAUGUGCAAGAUAGCCACUUGCGUCAUUCACUACUUCUUCAUGUGUGUGCAUUUUUCAUCGUUUGCACACGCUCUCCACCUUUGGUCAAAGUUUGCACCUAUGUGUGUAGAGACAUGCCGACGAAGAGGAGUGUAUGUAUUCACUAUCUGGAUUGUGCCGGCAUUAGUCGUCAUUGCUACCACAAUGUUAAGCGGAGACUUGUAUGCGUCGGAGGAAAGGUGUUGGCUGCCAUCCGAAAGAAACACGCGAAUGGCGUUCCUAUUUCCUGUCUUUCUGAUUCAAGUGGCGAAUUGGAUCCUGUUUGUCAUGAUACUGCGUGCAGGGAUUAUGUUGGACAUGACAAAAGGGAAAGACAAACGAACAAUUCUGAGACAUAUCUGCCUCUCUUCCCUGUCUAUGUUCCCUGUCUUUGGACUGCAAUGGACUCUUGGCUACGCUGUCACCUUUAACCUGCCAAUCGCAUUUCAGUUUGCGUUUGUGGUUCUUGCAUCAGCACAGAUACAUAGAACAAUACACGAAAAAUCGGAACGAGUCACGCCGCAACCGGGACUCGAACUACGGGUCUCUGGAUCAUUAAAGAAAAAAUUGCUACUAGAUGCAUACGUUAUGUAUAAUCCAGUCAAACAACCGUCUAUACAUAGCCAUUAUAACAAGUCACAGACAGCUGAACAGAGACAAGAAAAACAGAGCAAGUGGCCACCAGGUCCAUACGCCAUACCAAUGUCGAGGUAUGGUUGUCCGGAAUCAUGGUCUCGUGGAUGGUCAAAAGGCUUUUUGAAGAUCAACAUGACCGUUUUAGAUAAUAGUCUUGAAAGUAAUUCCUCUGUUUCGGAGUAUAAUUCCGUGAACAUGUAUGAAAACCAUGACUUUUUCAAUUCACCAUUUCGAUCUGAAGAUGUGAAGAUUUAUUUUUGCGUGAAAUUCCGGAAUGAAGUCACACUUGAUCAAGAACAAUGGAUUCCAGGAAACUACAGUAUUUUUAAGAUUGGGUCAUCGUGUCCUACAGAUUUCGAAGAAUCAAGCAAAACACUUCCUGUACCUAGCCAUGUGUCGUAUGGACUCGUUCCUAAUAUUACAGUACCGAAAGGUUCAUCGGAAGAGUUUAUCAACAUUUCCAUGUGUAAAAGAAAACAAUUUACUGACACGAGAGACAACAACACAAUUGUAACAUUCAAAAUGUUGGAAACCGAUUUUAUUCUUGAAAAGGCAAUGUUAAAUUAUUUUCUUUUUUCUAUCACUUUAAUGCAAAGUGCAAUAUUUACAAUUGUCGGCAAACUUAAAGAUAUAGAUUUAGGAAUUUGAUAUCACUCAAGGAUAUCAACAGCUAUCGGAAUACAUACAUGUGUUUUCUUUGUUCACAGUCUGAAUCAUAC